AUGAUGUUGUGCUUGUCGGAGGAUCCUCUCUGCCUUCUUUCUGCCACCUCCGACACUACUACCACCCUCGCUCCUUUCGAUCUCAAGAGUUUCAUCAGACCUGAAAGUGUCGAUGAUUACAAUGUGAAGUUUAGGGGUAAGACAGUUGUUGAUUAUGUUGCUGAGAAAUAUAAGAAAGAAGGCAUAAGCUUUCUCAUUGGAGAUCUUGAGGCUAGUCAGGGCGCCUUCCAGUAUUUUGGACGCAAAGAAGACCAGGUGCCUCUCAUCAUCAUCCAGACUCCCGGUGGCCAAAAGUUUUUGAAACCAAAUUUGCAGACAGAUCACAUAACAUCAUGGGUUAAGGAGUACAAGGAUGGGAAAGUAUCACCAUACAAGAAGUCUGAGCCUAUUCCUGAGCAAAACAAUGAGCCUGUCAAAGUAGUCGUUGCUGACAGCAUCCAGGACUACAUCAAGUCUGAGAAAAAUGUGUUGCUUGAGUUUUAUGCUCCUUGGUGCGGACACUGCAAGAAGCUUGCUCCUAUUUUGGAUGAAGUUGCUGCCUCGUAUGAAAAGGAUUCCGAUGUCGUUAUUGCAAAAUUUGAUGCCACUGCAAAUGAUGUGCCUAGCGACUUUGAUGUCAAAUACUACCCAACUCUGUACUUCAAGACGGCGAGUGGAAAGGUCUUGUCGUAUGACGACGAAGAUAGAACUAAAGAAGCCAUCAUUGCUUUCAUUGAAAAGCCACGAGACUUCCUGCGUUCACCACCCUGUGAAUUUCCAAUCAAAUCCAAGAGCUCUGCUCCCCUUUUUCUGCAACAAAAGAACAUGAAGUCAGUAAGAGAGGUUAAGAGAAAGUGA